AUGAAAAAGUUGGCAGUUUUGGUUUCUUUCGUGGAGAGUCGUGGGGACGGAUUUCAACGAGCUUGUUGUUCCGAUCCGAACCAAGUAGAGGAAGAGAGCUCAAUAAAACGAUCAGAAUCUGUUCUUUUUAAAGUGCAAUGGAAGAAAAUGAUGAAUGUAACAAUAGAUGAGAGUGUUAGAAAUGUUCGGAAGGAAAUUGUUGGCAGUACCAUGAAAACAUCCAAUCAAAAUAAGAAUGAUGAUGCCUUUAUUUUGGGAAUGAGAGAUGUAGAUGGAGAGUUUGUUUGGUUUGAAGAUGAAGAAAUGAUUCUUGAUGCUGAUUUAUUGUCGAAUUUAUGUAAACGUUCUUUGAUUAUUUCUCAAAAGAUGCCACAAAAAACAAGGCCAACACUCUUUGCUUUUCCAAAAUAUAGCACAGAGAAUGUAUCAAAGUUGUUGAGUGUGAGUCAUUUGGAUCAAUAUUCUCUGGAAGAACAAUUGGUAAGAACUGAGCUUGCAGCUUGCUAUCGAUUGUUCGAUUUGUUUGGAUGGACCGAUACAAUUUAUGGCCAUUUAACAGCAAGAGUCGUCAACGGAGAUAAGGAACAUUUUCUCAUUAAUCCUUUUGGGCUUCACUACAGUGAAAUUACUGCAUCCAGUCUUGUUAAGGUAGACAUUAAUGGAGAAAUUGUGGACCCUGGAUCCACUGGAGAUUUGUUUGGAAUUAAUAGAGCUGGUUAUGUGAUACACUCGGCUGUACACGAAGCUAGAGAUGACAUCUCUUGCGUUAUGCACAUGCAUUAUGCUCCAUGUGCUGGACUUUCUUGUAUCGAGAAUGGAUUUUUAAAGACUCUUUCUCAAACGAGCUCAAUUAUUGGAGACGUAGCCUAUCAUAAAUCAGAGGGCAUUGCAGUAAAUGCUGAGGAAAGAAAACGACUUCAGCAAGACUUGGGAUCCAAGAAAAAGAUCCUAGUGUUGGAAAAUCAUGGAGUGGUCACGUGUGGAGAAAGCGUUGGUGAAGCUUUUUUAUCCAUGUUUAUAUUGGCUGAGGCUUGUAAAAUUCAAAGCGAGGCUGUGUGUAUGAACAAUGGAAUGCCAAAUGGAAAGAUGAUCCAAGUCGAUGAAUCUAUUGCUGACAAAUCGUUCGAUAUUGCACAUGGAUUUACAAAAGAAGGAUUUGGAAGAAAGGAGUUGUGUACUUAUAUGAGAUAUUUGGAUUACCUAUUUGAAUCGGGAAAGACAUCAUGUAUUCCUCAUUAUCGUACAUAG